UGUAUCCGUUGGUAAUUAGUUGUAUUGACGGCCUUAAAAUCAGUUUCGUCAUCUGAACUGUGUGUUUCUGACAUUUUAGCACUGCAAAAUCAUCACCAUGGCAGCCGAAAUCGCUCAACUUUUGCUCGCUGUAAUCCAAGGAAUUCCGGGCGGUGCGACAAAUGAUGACCUAACCAAAGCAUUGUCGGAUAUGUCCGCUGCUUCGCGGGUCGAAGGUCUCAAUGUACUGUUGAAGCAGGGGAGCAUAGAGGUUUUGAAGAAAGGAGAGAAACUUAUUUAUCGUGCCAAGGAUCCCCAAAAGAAAAGCGCACUACCGAAAGACGCUGAUAAUGAAGAGAAGAUCGUCUAUAGUAUAGUUGAAGAGGGCGGCAACAAAGGCAUUUGGAUACGUGAUAUACGCAUGAAGUCCAAUUUGAACAUGACACAGUUAAACAAAAUCCUCAAGAAUCUGGAAACAAAGAAACUGAUCAAAGCCGUUAAAUCCGUGAAUGCCAGCAAAAAGAAAGUCUAUAUGCUAUACAACAUGGAAGCAGAUCGAUCAGUAACGGGCGGUGCCUGGUAUCAGGACCAGGAUUUUGAAGUCGAGUUCGUGGAUGUGCUCAACCAACAAUGCUUGCGAUUUCUUCAAAUGAAACGUGAGGGUGCCGAAAAGAAACGCGAUGGACCUCUGGCGUUUAAGCAAAUGUCCUGUUGCACUGUGAAGGAGGUGCACAAAUUCAUUUCAGAUUUGGGUAUUAGUAAAGUCAAUCUAGAUGAGGAUGAUUUGGAGACCAUACUGAAAACCGUAGUCUAUGAUGGCAGCGCAGAACGUAUACUACAAUCAGAUGGAACGUACGUGUAUCGUGCGGUUAAUUUACCUCUGCCGGCACCUGGGUUGGUUCAGAUGCCAUGCGGCAUAUGCCCCGUGAUUAAGAAUUGCUCCAAUUGUGGCGAUGUUACCGCUAUUAAUUGUCAAUAUAUGAACGAUUGGUUAGAGUAAAAAUGCAAA